ACAAAUCCAAUCCUCCCAAUCUUCUUUAGCUCCGAGUUUUUGUCUGAUCAAUAUCUCCUCCGUAUUUGCUGCCUCUUAUCUCAUACAUAAAUCUCGUAAAACCCUUACCCAGUUACCCUAAAUUUGACUUCGACAUUGCUUUGACUCCACUCCAGCCUCUCUCUCUCUCUCUCUCUCUCUCUGCCUUCUUAUUUAAGUUGGUCAAAAUUAUUGCUUCGAAUCGUAUCCGUCAUUUGUAGCUGCAUUUCGUGCACAUCUUAUGAAGCAUUUGGGCUUUACUUUUUUUGUAUAUGAUCUGAUAUGGUAGCUGUGUUCAUUCAAAUGUAUUCCAAUAUGCUUGCGAGCUAUGCAAUGUUUUGAUCGAGGAUAUAGAUAUUAUACCAAUGACAGAAUACGUGGCUUCACCAUCGUGUGUCAAGCUUCGUAUGCAGAGAUGUUACGUCAAGGAGAGGGGUUGCAUGGCCCGGAACACUCACUUCAGGAUAGCUCAAAGUUGUAAAAAGUAUCCACAUGGAAGCUGUAAGGUUGUCCAACUCUCAGCAUGGAAAAUGUUCAAGCUUAGUCAUAAUUUCUCAAAUUUGAAAUUAAGUGAUUGUCUUAGAGAGACUUCCUUAACGUCUACGUGCCUGGGGUCGUCUUUGGUAAACACUGAUGGUGUAACAGCUGCUGAUUGGAUACCUGUUAUCGAUCAAGUGCUCUUGAUCUCCAGUGUAUUGCUCACAUACAUUGCUGGAGUUACUCCAGUUCGGAAGUUUUAUCCAAAUUUUCCAAAGAAUAUUUACAAUGAUGAUGUGAUCUCUGAAGGCUCAAACUCUUCUGGUAGUGCCAUGAAGGACAAUGACAAAGUGGAUUCAAAGUAUGCCUUGGAUGUGGUGAAAGGAAAACUUUUGGGCUCUCUAAAUGCUCUUGAAAAUGGCCAUAAUUUGGGAUACAACAGUCUUGGAUUUGAAGAACAUCAUGCCAAACAACCUUUAAGUGUGAAUGCUGUUGCUGAGGGCCCAAGACUGCGUUUGCUGUGGGCUUCAUUUCAGCAAAUUGAGGAAGAAGUGAAUAAAAUCACAAAAUAUUCUGAAACUAAGAUGGACAAUUGGAUGACAGUUUUUGCUGGAAUCAUUCAAAAGUCCUGUCACCCUAUAUGCGUGGCAUGGCUGGGAAAGGAGCUUUGCCUCAACAAGGGUGAUCCUAACAAUGCGCUUGCUUCUCUGAUAUUUGAAAAGUUAAAGGGAGAUGAUACUGUUUUACGGAACAUCAGAAAGUCAGGCAAAGGAGAUCUAUAUGCAGAACUUUUGUGCUUUCUAAGUUUUGGUUCUCUCAGGGAGGGCUGCUGUUAUGACAAAAACUUAUUUAUUUUGCAUGGAACUUCGAUAUUGGAAGAUAUGGUGAUAACUUUAGCUGAUGGGAUUGCGAGCAUAUUUUUGGAGCUAAUUUCUGUGGACGGCAGUUUCUCAAAUGAAAUGAAUAGCCUUGGUCUGCCUUUGUGUACUUUGUCAACCCGGGCACUCCAAAAAUUACGUAAUGAGGUGGCUUUGAACCAGUGGCUGUAUCAAAAUGUGGAGGCAAUUGUAUCAAUGUACGAGGAUCGGUUUGACCUAUGCACCCUUAAGAGCCAACUUAUUGAGGUGCCAAGAAAUAGCCAGACUGAGAACAAUAGUUGGUGGAAGAGGAUUACAUUGCAAAACUCUGAAACUAUGUCAUCUCAAGUACAUCAUACUGUGAUAAGCCGAGUCUCGAUGCCUGUAAAGCGGAUGAAGGAGUUACGGGCCCUGAGAGGAUGGAGAUAUUACUUCAGCCUAUUGCUUGAAUUAUCUGACAUUAGCAUGCCAUUGAUUAGAGCUGUGAUUGACAAAGUCAGCGAUGGGAUCUCAUUCUUUCUAGUUUCCUUGAUUGGGAGGUCAUUAGGACUCAUCUAUACUGGAAUCAGGCAGUCACUGCGAUGGAAAUCAUGACAUGCAAAUGGUAAUUAUUUCUGUUCAUUGAACGUUCCCUUUACAUAUGUUUGGCUUGAUGAGGCACUUGGCAUUCAGAAGAAUGUGAUUUAGAAUUCUUCAACGAAAUCUUAGCUUUUCUUAACUGGGCCAUUUAAGACUUCUCUUAUAUCCAUUGAUUACUACACUUAGAAUCCGAAUAAAUUUGAGGUUGGCA